AAAAAAAAAAAUAAAUAAAUAAAAAAAAACUCGAGCCGCAGUCAUGGACAAGGGUAAAUUCACGCUACAGUCCAUUCGGCAAGACCUCAUUGACAACAAUUUGCAAGCCAAGGCAAUUAUUCAGGACAUAGUAAACAGUAGAACAUCCAUUUCCGAGCUUGAGGAGCUGAAUGAAGCUGGACGGGCAAGGCUGUCGGCCAUUCGCAAAAGCAUCGAGCGCUUGGAUGACUGGGCACGUGACAUGGCCGACACAUCUUUGGCAAAGGAGGUGGACACACAUAGGGAUCAAUUCUCCAAAACAUUGCAGGCAUUCCGCAAAGCAAAUGUGGCGACUAUGCUUGAGAUCGAAAAAGCCAACCGAGAGGAGCUAAUGGCCAUAACUGGCGAGAGUGAGUUGCGGCAACGGACCACAGCGAGAGCACGACACAACCAGGGCAGUCUGGUGUCGCAGGAGAACGAUGUAACCGAGAAAAUGCUGGCCAUUUCGCGGCAUCUGUCGGAGACAACGCAGAAAAGUGCCGUCACGCUGGAAACCCUAGUGGCGUCAUCACAGAAUGUGGAAGCCACAAGUGACGAGCUGCAUCACACAGCCGGCAGCAUUAAAAUGUCCGGAAAGCUGCUGAAAAAGUACGGUAGACGCGAAUGCACCGACAAGAUGCUUGUUUUCUUUGCGUUUUGUCUGUUCCUUGUUUGUGUCUUUUACAUUGUACAGAAGCGACUGUUUUAGGAAGGCGACCCCGAUCAAAGUAUACGAUUCGGUGUUAAGUCAGUCGGUAGCUUAAGGGUUUCACUUUGUCGUUUAGGAAAUAGGGAAUAGUUAAUGUCAACAGCAGGCCAGCAUGGAGCCUCUAAAACUAUGGAUGUAAUUAUUAAUUAUUAUAGUUAAGCGCUAUUUGCUCUUAGUUUAUUUAUCUGGUAUUUCCGAACUGCAAAUGUAAAUCACUUUUUAUAAAUACAUAUACUCGUACGGCUAGUACGGACACCUGGGCACUCCGCCUGGAUUAGUGAA